AUGUUCAGUGGACAUAUCCUCGGAUGCAAAAUGGAAACAAAGGGAUAUACUGUCGCUGGUGGAAAUGAGAAAGGCAGAAGAUUUCAUCAGCUAAGUAACCCAUUUGGCCUGUAUGUUACCAAUGAACGAGUAGGUAAAGUUAUUGCAGGUGGAAAUGAUUCAGGAUCUGCAGCCGAUCAGUUAUCUUUUCCCAAUGAUGUUGUUUUGGACGAAGAAGAUGAUUCUCUUAUUAUUGCUGAUAGCGGAAAUAGACGAGUAGUCCGAUGGGCUCUCGUAGACGGCAGCGGAGCUCUUUAUGUUGUUGAUCGUAUUCGGCUUGAGGUGAAAAAAUAUCGAAAAGGUUAUACCAUGGGUACCAUAGUUGCAGGUAGAAAUGGGAAAGGAGAGGCAUUCAAUCAAUUAUCUUCACCAGCAUAUGCAUUUGUCGAUCAAAAUCAUUCAGUCCAGGCCACAAUUGUAGCAGGUGGCAACGGGCAAGGAAGUGACGUUAAUCAAUUAUUACGUCCAAUAGGUAUUGUGGUCGAUCGAAUGGGUAAUGUAUAUGUAGCCGAUAGAUGCAACAAUCGAAUUAUGCGUUGGUUGAAAGACGAGUUACAUGGAAGUGUCAUCAUUGAUAACAGUGCUCACGGUUCAUUGGUGCACGAGUUAAGUUAUCCCGAGGCCGUAUCAUUUGAUCGACAAGGAAACCUGUAUGUUGUCGAUAAAGAUCACAGCAGUGUACAAAAAUUUAAUAUUACCUAA